GUCAAUAUUGUCUUUGGUAGCGCCGUUCGAUAUACAAACUUAUUUAAUUUAUUUUUUUUAUUUCACUCGUCAGUGAUGUUGGUUAAUCUCGUUCUUAAUUUAAAUUAAAAUGUCCAAAUUAAAACUAUUUAUUGUGCUAAAUUUAUUCUUAACGUCGGAAACGGCAAAGAUUUUGGCAGUAAUUCCAGCACCCGCUUUAAGCCAUCAGUUAUUUUUUCGGCCGUUAAUCGAAGAACUAGUUAAGAGAGGACAUGAACUCACAGUGAUAACUACGGACCCAGCGUAUUCUAAUACCAAACCACCGGCAAACCUAACCGAAAUAGAUGUUCAUGACAUCUCGUACACCGUAUACAAGUCAGUAUUUUGCAAUAAUUUAAGAGGGAAAAAUGAUAUGCACAUGCAAUUUAGAACCUUAUUAGAUGCAUUAACACAAGUAUUUGAAGUGCAGUAUACCAGCGAACCGAUACAAAACCUCAUGAAAGAGAAUCGAAGAUUUGAUUUAGUUAUUAUAGAAGCGUAUUACCGAAUUACAGCUGUCUACGCUUAUAUAUACAAAGUACCUGCGGUUUUGGUAAGUUCUUUUGGUAUGUCAAUUAACAAUCCUGAAGUAAUUGGAGCUCCUGUUAACCCAUUAUAUUAUCCCAGUGUGAUAAGACAGAGGAUUGUCAAUAUGACAUUAAUAGAAUAUAUCAGCGAGAUUUAUAAUGAAUUAUGGGUUCAUAGACAAGUCUAUGCUCAUGAGGAAAUCGAGAAUGCUUUGUUGAAGAAAUUGAUACCAGACGCUCCCACGAUAAGGGAUGUCUUGAAUAAUAUUUACGUGAUGAUGUUAAAUGAGUUCCCACCCUGGGAUUGGAAUCGGCCGGUUCCUCCUAGUGUAGUGUUUAUGGGACCAGUGAUUCAGAAAAGUGAAAAAGAAUUGCCUCAGGAUUUGAGGACGUACCUGGAUGAAUCUAAAAGCGGAGUUAUUUAUAUAAGUUUUGGGACGACUGUCAUAGAGUCUCUUUUACCUCCGCAAAAAAUGCAAAUAUUUUACAAGGUGUUUUCAGAGCUGCCAUAUAACGUUAUAUGGAAGUGGGCGAGUAACAAAACACAAAAUGUACCGAAAAACGUGAAGUUAGUCAAAUGGUUACCACAACCUGAAUUGCUGAAGCAUCCGAAUGUGAAACUAUUUAUAACACAAGGAGGUAUUCAUUCGACGUAUGAAGCCAUCCGCGCCGAGGUGCCCAUGAUAGGAAUACCAAUAUCACUCGAUCAGUGGUUCCAGACAGAACACUAUGGUCACAAAGGUAUCGGAGUUAGACUGCCUUUUGAUACCAUCACCGAGGAAGUUUUGAGAAAUACGAUUUUAAAAAUAAUCGAGGAUGACAGUUACCGCCGCAGUAUAUCCCGUCUUCGUUCGCUAACUUAUGACCAACCGCAACCCCCUCUGCAUCGGUUUGUAUGGUGGAUUGAACACGUUCUGCGUCACGGAGGAAGACAUUUCAGAGCGCCAGCAGCGAAUAUGAAGUGGUCUGAGAUGCUAGAGUUGGAGCUUGUGGGCAUCGUGGUGGUGACGACGGUUGUCAGUGGGACCUUGAUGAUGUACAGCCUCGUGAGGUUGAUGAAAUGUGUGCGAACGUGGUUUGUAAAGUAGUUUAAGAAUUGAAAAUGAAGAAUAGUUUAGAAAAAUGAAAAUUUGAAAAUAAUUUGUUUCAUGUAAGGAGUUGUAUUUAAAAAGAAAAAAUGUAUAUUUAGUACAGUAAUUAAAAUAAUAAAAUAUAAUUACGUGUUCUUUUAACAACAAAGCUAAUUUAGAAAUGAAAAUUUUCUUUGAUUCCUAUAGAUUUGUAACGGGGAGUUUGCAGUAUUAUUCAAUAAUCGCUGAAAAACCAGGAACUUUCGUUCAUAAUUUGGCAAAUAAAAUACAAACUUUCUAGUUUGGCACCAAAUAAUAUAAAUGUCAUCGUCAGAGUUGUAAUAAUGCGAAAUUCAUAAUUUUACGACAUUGGAUCCCUUAAAAGGUGUAGCCUUUAUUCGAAUGGUCAUUGGUAAAACAUAAGCUGCUUAUAUCCCUUUUAUUUAUUUUUGAUGUGCUAUGUUCUUCUUCGUAUAUCUAUUUGAUUAAUUUCGUUGCGGGAUAAUGACAAAUUAGUUUUCCCUGAGACUCGCCGAGCUUCACUGCUCGGUGUCAUAAUGCGUGCCACUGCUGAUCCUGGCUUACAGGAGUUGUAGUGGUGGGUGUGAGGGCGGGAAAGUCACUACUUACAUCCAUAUUACAGUUUAAAAGUUUGUUAGGACAAUCCCAUAUUCGAUUGGGUAUAAGUACACAAAAAAGUUACGCAACAAUGCGCCUUAUUUACCAACAAUAUUUUCCAAUAUUCGAACGUAGACGAGUAAAAUAAUAUUUUGAUAAACACGAGCAAAUAAAACCUAGACGAAGUUCUUCAAAGUCUGGUUUGUAGCUACAAUCGAGUUUCCCUGAAAUAUAAUUUGUCUGGCGUUUUCUAGACUUGUAAGAGUUUCUCCAUCCUUAAAGCAAUUUAGAUUUUAAUGGAUAUUAGAAAUAUUAUAAGAAAACUGGUGGAUUUGUGAAAAUUAUUUACCUCAAUUACUAUGUAGUUAAAUGUGAUUAUAAUUAUUUUAUCAAUUAAAUAAAAUGAUAUUGUAA